UAUCAUCCUUCACGUCCUUUGUGCCUUUCUCGACUCUCUUUUCUGAAGGUUUUUUGGUUCUUUUAUUAUUAUCCUCCCUAAAAGACCCAGAGAGUGAGGGUUUUUGUGUGUUUUAAAAGUUCUGUGUCUCGAUAUAGGCACUUAUAUAUAUAUAUAUAUAUAUAUAUAUAGAUUUUAGAAGAACACAUCAGUAAGAGGGAAAUGCCUGAACCCAAGGAGGCAAUCAAGCUAUUUGGGGAGACGAUUCCAUUACCGGAAAGACAGGUUACGGCAUGUACACAAGAGAGGUUCGAUGUUGGUCGUCAGAUUCCGAUGAUGUCCAAGGAUGUUUGUAGUAAAGUAACAAAAACAAAAGCUGAUGAUGGUCAUUUGGAAGAGUCUAAAAAGCCGGAUAAGUUUUCCGUCACAAUGGAUGGUAAGGAGGAGGACCAUAAAAUGUAUAGGGACAAGAAUGAGGUGCAAGCAAGUCCUAGGCCGAAGGAGGACCAGCCUGAGACCAGUAGUACAGACCAAGAGAAGGUUAUGAAGAAGCCAGAUAAGAUCCUUCCGUGUCCCCGAUGCAACAGUUUAGAGACUAAAUUCUGCUACUUCAAUAACUACAAUGUCAACCAACCCAGGCAUUUCUGCAAGGGCUGCCAACGAUAUUGGACUGCUGGUGGAACAAUGAGAAAUGUUCCUGUGGGUGCUGGCCGGCGAAAGAACAAGCACUUAACUUCUCAAUACCACCAGAUAUUUGUGCCCCCAAAUGGUGUGCCAGUCACCAGGAUCGAUGUUCCUGACUCAACCAAUCAACCAAUUCUCUUGUGUGGUGAUUCUUCUACCUCUUCCAUGCCUUCAACAGGGAAUGGGACAAUGAUAAAGUUUGGUCCUGAAGGACCUCUGUGUGAAUCCAUGGCUACUGUACUUCAUCUCAGAGACCAGAAGAGAUGUCCUGAAAUGGCUUCAGUCAGAGAAAAUAAAGAGGAACAACCAUCCUCAUGUAGCUCUUCCAUGGAAGCUUCUGGUGUCCAUGAAAGUAAAUUACCUGAAAUUGUUAUGCGAAAAGAAGUGGGCAGUUUGAAUGUAUCCUGUGAUGACAUUGCUCAGCCACAUCCUCUGCAAUGUUACCCUGUUCCUCCUCUGGUCUUCAGUUGGAAUCCAUGUUGGAAUAAUGCAGCUUCCACAAUGGCAGCUCCGCGCUCUUCUGAGAUGGUCUCUAUACCGAAUGGCAUUAACCCUAAUCCGACUCCUCAGUGCUCCACGCCAAUGCUGGCAGCUCCUGGCAUUUGCACACAAAGCAUUCCUUUACAGUUUGUGCCUGCACCAUAUUGGAGUUGCAUUCCUGUUUGGGCUCCCGGAACAAGGAAUAUGCCAUUCACAGAAUUUAAUGGUGGCUUAUCUCCAUCAUCUUCCGCUAGCAGUGGUUGUUCAGGCAACAACUCACCAACUUUAGGCAAGCAUUCUAGAGAUGCAAAUUUGGUGGAUGAGGAGAAAUCAGAUAGGCGUCUUUUGGUUCCGAAGACAUUGAGAAUCGACCGGUCAAAUGAGGCUUCUAAGAGUUCUAUCUGGGCCACCAUGGGUUUUAAGUCACCACAACAGGAAGAAACGGAAUUAAGAUUUGGUAUCUCGAAACUUUAUAAAGUAGUGCAGAAGGAAAGGGACUUUCAUCAGAUUCCAUUAGAAGCCAAUCCUGCUGCUCUUUCUCGCUCUCAAACAUUCCAAGAGAGAAUAUAAAAGGAAAUCUAAUGUGACAUUUUUGCUUGAAGAACUCAAUGCAUCUAUAAUCUUGUCAUUGCAUAUUUGCUUGGCAUUACUUUGUCAGUUCAACUUCCCGGUGCUUGUUCUGCAAUGAAAUCAAUGGGAAUGCUCUGCUUUGCGGAAUGGAAAUAAAGAAAGGUUUCAGCUCUUGGUAAUUUGAAAGCUGCGUCAGACAAUUUGCAGGGUUCUUGAUACACCUAUUUCAGAGUAACCAUCAAGACUGUGAAUAACAAGGAAUAGAGGGUGAGUGAGUGAUUUAUUGUCCAUGGCCUAAUUUUUUGUUCAGAUUGUAGCAAGCUCAUAUGUGCAUCUGUGAUUCGGAAACUACACAUCUCUUUUACAUUUCGUAUGAAUUUCAAAUUACAUCAUAAAUUUCAACUGCUGACCGCGCUC